GAUCGCUGAAGUUUAGCAGUUAGGACUACAUAUAACAAAACCAUGCUCAAAACAUGCAGCGUGGUCAAAAGACAUUAAUUGUUUUGACGAGCUCUUUGAAGAGGACAAGCAUUCUUACAUAAGCAAAUGUAGCCCUAAAGUAAAAAUGUGAGGUUGUUCUGCAGAAUUAAACUCUCAACAAAAUUAGCUCCAGUGGAUGGCCUAAAACCAUGUCCCUUUCUCGUGUUGAAAAUCCUUGUUUUCUGCUCUUCCUAGCUGUAUUUCAAGCAAUAUUUAUUCUGAUUUUGUACCGAGGAGGUGCAUCCAGUGUCUUUCGGGGAUUUUUAGAAGCACCUCAACCCUGGGAUUACUCAAAAACACAGGAUGUGUAUACAAACCUCAGUUUGUUCACCAGAGCUCCUAAUGAAGAAACUAUGCCAUACUGCACAGCCCAAUCACCGAUAUUUGUUGGUCCAUUAACCAUUACCUUCAAUAUAUUCCCCAGUGAAAGAAUGAUAAUACAAAAAAAUCCCUUUGUUCGGUUUGGAGGUCACUACAGUCCUCCUCACUGUCUGGCUCGCUACAAAUCAGCCAUCAUUGUACCACACAAGAACCAGGAAAAGCACCUGCGACACCUUCUCUAUUAUCUUCAUCCCUUCCUCCAGCGUCAACAGCUUCACUAUACCAUCUACUUGAUUCACCAGGCUGGGAAUGCUGCUUUUAACCGAGCAAAGCUCCUUAAUAUUGGUGUCCGGGAAGCCAUGAAGGAUGAGGACUGGGACUGUCUGCUUCUGCAUGACGUGGACCUCAUUCCUGAAAAUGAUUAUAACCUCUACGUUUGUGAUGACUACUACCCCAAACAUAUUGCCAGUGCCAUAGACAAAUUCCAGUACAGUUUGCCAUAUUGGUCCUUUUUUGGAGGUGUCUCUGCUUUGACUCCAGAGCAUUACAUGAGGAUAAAUGGGUUUCCAAACACCUACUGGGGCAGUCAUGCUGAAGAUGAUGACAUUGCUGCAAGGGGUGGGGAACCGUUUCUGGAUCGGGGGCCACUGCGUUUAGGUGAAGGAAGCAGUUGUGACCCGAGGCAUAGGAUUUGGGUGCAGGAGUUUGGAUUGUAACCUAGGGUAAGAGGG